AAAGAACCAUCAACAGAUAACCUCUUAAAGCAAAAUUUUACCCAACAUGGCAUCCAGCAAGGUUACGUUGAAGCUUCUUAUAGACAGCAAGAACCGCAAGGUUAUUUUUGCAGAAGCUGGAAAAGAUUGUGUUGAUUUCCUUCUGUAUCUCCUCGCUCUCCCUUUAGGGUCUGUCAUUAGGCUCUUGACAGAGCAAAACAUGGUGGGUUGCCUAGGGAAUCUGUAUAAGAGCUUUAAUGAACUCGGUGAAUCUUACGUAAGAACAAUUCAGAUCAAAGAAUCCAUUUUGAAGCCAACAGUUUCCAUCUCCGCCGCUGAAGUGCCCCUCUUAUUGUCCAGUGAUGAACUCCCUUCGAGACUAUACAGAUGCCCACAUUGUAAACACAUCGCGGCUAAAGAGCCAAAUGUGUCUUGUACUAGUUGCACUGCUGCACGGAAUGGAGCCGUGCUGGAGAAAGGUUUUGUGAAGGGUGUGAUCACUUACAUGGUGAUGGACAAUUUGGAGGUGAGCCCUAUGUCUUCAAUAUCAAGUAUUGCAAUACUGAACAAAUUCAAGAUUCAGGAUUUAAGUGUGCUUGAAGAAAGGGUGGUCGAUUUAGGUAUGAAUGAGGCUUUGAAGCUUCUCAAGGAAUCUUUGCAAUCUAAAACAGUUCUUACAAGGGUCUUCCUUGGAAGGCCAUGAAGAAGAAAGGAGGUUACCGAUGUGUUUUUGUGUUCUUGUUCAGGGCAAGCGAACUAGAACAGGGUUUAUUUUGUGGUCGAUGGUUGAAGCAUGGGGUUGUUUUCUUGGGCCUUUUUGCUUGUCUAGCCAGUGUUAUGAUUUUCUAUUAUAUAUGGACGAUUGAAAUUAGGUUAUUUUGGGUUAUUAUGAA